UGUAAUCUACAGGUUAUGCUAGACUACACUGGUGCUAAGCAAGAAACAUUUAAUAUAAAGCAAGUUUAAUCAGUUUUUUUUCUGCUAUCUUGGAAACAGUUAAUCUACCGAUAUUUAAACGAACUGUGUAUCGAGUUAUGUAGAAAUUAAGCAUUACUUUAAGUCAAGGACUUUAUCUCAAUUUACUUCCUUGAUUUGCUGUACUGAUAAAAAUGUGACUGUUUACCUCUUUAUUUCGAAUGUGACAGAGUAUGAUACACAUAUAUAUUAGUGUAUGAGAAUAAUAGUACAAAAUAAUUAUAAACUUAAAAAAUGAUGGAAGUAUCAGGAAGAAGAGAAGGUGAUACUAGUUUGGAAGACCGGAGUAUACAGGUAUUAUGCUUCCCUUGUAAAGAAGAAGAAGCAGAUACGCUUGCUGACGGUUUCUGCAUAGAAUGUGAACAACAUAUGUGUAAAACUUGUUUCCGUCAUCACAGAAAGGGUAAAUUCUGCAAAGAUCAUUCUUUAAUCGAUUUGAACCAAACAAAGGAUACGCUUACUAAACCACGAGAUGAUAAAGUAUAUAUAUGUCAGGAACACAAAGAAGAAACUCUUAAGCUCUAUUGCUCCACUCAUGAAGUAGUCUGUUGUAAAGAUUGUAUCAUACAGAAACACCGAAACUGCGAAAUACAUUAUAUUUCAGAAAAAGCAGACGGGUUUCAAAGCAGCGAGGAAUUCGAAACCUUUACUCGAGAUAUUGAAUAUUGUACUAGAGAAAUCAUAUCAUGCAAGGCUUCAGCACAUGAUAAUGGAACGGAAUUUGAAGGUUUCCUCUCUAAGUGCAAAACGGAUAUAAAAAUGCUUAGAGAAGAAGUAAAUGCAUGGUUUGAUGAACAAGAAAGAAACAUAUUGAAAAAGGCGGAAGAAAUCAAAGCUCAAAGUGAUGCUAACAUUGUUAAAGUGGAAAAUACGUGUGAAGAGCUUGAAAAUACGAUCGUCCCUGUUGAUGAAGCGAUAAAAAGUGUUGCAAACCAGUCAAGCAAACUAUUCAUUAUUGCCGUGAAAAACAAACCGACGCUGAAACUUAUCAGGGAACAAGUAGAAAGUCUAAAAAUGAGCAUUCGUUAUGCAAAAAGAAAUUAUGCGUUCAAAAGGAAUCCAAAAAUCGAAGAGUUGAUUUCUAACUGCAUUGAACUUGGAACUUUGGAAUGUUCUGUCAAUUCUGACGUGGAUUUUUCAGACCUAGAAGCCGGGAACAUUUUUAAGACCAGUGAUACCAUACCACUAAGAGCAAAGACAGAUCAAAAGAAUCCGCCAGUAGAUGAAACUGAUGACAAAGUGGGAGCCAAUUUCAAGGAUGGUGAUAAAGUCAGAAUAAAAAUUGGUGUUGAUGUACUGAAAAUGAUUGAAGAUAACAGAGGAGCCUGGAGUGAUCAUAUGGCAGAGUGUAUUGGAAAAACAGGUGUCACAGUGGUGAUUGUUUCAAAAGGUGAUGACAUCACUGUGGACUUCGAGAGCGCUGGUCGCUGGACAUUCCAAGACUCUGUUCUUAACAAGGUACGCGAGUUUGUGCCAGGUGAGGUGGUGAAAGUCAAUGGCAGCAUUGACCACGUCCGGAUGUUACAGACUGACCGGGGAGGUUGGAAUGAGCUCAUGGACAAGAUUAUCGGCAAGAAAGGUACGGUAGAGGAGAUAGACGAGGACGGGGAUAUUCAAGUUUCGUUUGGCGAUUAUACCUGGACCUUUAAUCCCGAAUGUUUGAGCCCUGCUGAUGGAAAAGCUGACCUGAUUAGACAGGAAAAUGAUUGAUCCGGCUUGAAAUCACCUGUUGGAUGGUUUAAACGUGUUACAUGAUAUUUUUUUGAGAGAUUAUAUAACGGAAGUCUUUUAUAUUUAUAAGAAAAUAAAACUGGUUAUUCAG